AUGGACGUGAUAACACUAUCUUCCUCUGACGAUGAAAGCUCAUCUUACAAACAACCGAGGAAACGAAUAAAAUUGCAAACACUUCCAUCGAAAACAAUCUGCCUGGACUCAUCAGACGACGAACCGUCGCAGUCCCAUCUAGUAUCCAAAGAAAACGGCAUUACCAAAUGUGAACCUGGAGCAGAAUGUGACAACUCCAUUAAUUCGGGUCGUGAAGAAGUAGGCCAUGGUAUUGCAGAAUCGGCGCCAAUUCCCUUAGAAAGUACCGAACCUAAAACUGAUAGUGCAGACGUAAUUGAAGAAAAGCUGACGAGGUUCUUCGAUAAGUGCUUCAAGACUGUAACGCGAUCGGAUCAUAAAGAACUUUUUAUUCAAGUCAUUCCCAAAGUGAAAGCCUACUACGACAAGCUAAAAAGACUGAAGUGUAAUUUAAAAGAUUUUGAGUGUGUGCUCGAUAGGGAUACAAACGUCGAAUACGAUGCCCGGACCGCGUCGUCGAGGUUCGAUCAAAUCUUCCAAUUUCUGAAGGGGAAGAUUAACGAAUUGGAAAACACGAUCGUCAUUCAAGGACCGAAAAAGCAGCACCUGAAAAAGCUGGAGAAGGCCCUCAGGUUGGUCAAUCGUAGGAUAGCGAAGCUCGACAAUGCGGAGGUGAACUUCGACGACGAAGAGAACUCUCACUAUCUGCAGGCAGCCAAGUACAAAGAGAGGGCGACGAAGAUCUUUAGGAAAAUUUGCGAGAUCCGCAAGGAGGAUCCGAACAUGGAUCGUCCACUGUAUACGAAAAUUAAUUUUACCAAGUCGAAAUUUCCGGAAUUCAAUCGGGUCAUUAAUAAACGAUUUAGGGACUUUCUUCAGUUUCCGACGUAUUACGAUAUGGAUCAGUGCCUUCGAAAGUGCGUCGCCGAUAAGGGUAUGCAAGUUCGCGAGGAGGAACUCAAAUCGGAGGUAAAGUUUUGCUUCGAGAAAUUGGGGUUGUCUAUGAAACAGAAGCGCUCGUUGGACUUGUACGAUUCGCACAGUGAUUUUAUUGCCGGAACCGAGGAUCCCGCACAAAAUAACGAGGAAGUUACUAACAGAUUACGCGAGAACUAUAGAAAUGGUAGCAAAAGAAUGGAGGAGGUGCUCGAGAAAUAUACGCGGAUGCAAGAGAGUGGUGUUAAUCCCGAUGUUAGUUCAGAUAGUGACGAUAGUAAUAUUGAUAGCAAUUAA